GGCAACAGGAGGCCGCGGCUCCCCGCGGGCGCUUCGCGCGGCGCCGCCGCCUGUGGCCACUCGCGUGUCCGCACGUGGCGUUUUAUUUUCUUGUUUGCUUUGAACUCGUCGCAGGUCCUGCCUUCGCCGCCGCAGAGCCACGCUGCUCCAGCCGGACAGGGACCGCCACCCGGAGAGGAGCCUGCCCUUGCUGAACUAAAGCCUUCUGCACCCCAAACCGCGCUGUCCUCGCCUUCCCGUCUCCAGGGUCUCCCCACCGUCGGCCCACGGGCUCACAGUGUGCGCUCCAUCUCCAAGACUGCGCAGCGUUCUGGCCCCUCCCUGCCCGCUCUCUGUUUAACUUCCGCCUCCUGCCCUGCCGCUCACUGCUGGGUUUGGUCCCUCUUUGCCUGCAUCCCCUUCUUUCUCCUUUCCUUUGCCUGCUGUCGCUGUCAUCUCCUUUAAGCCUGUCUCCCGCAGCCACUGCUUGCUAUUACCCAUCCUCACGGUGCACUUAUGAAUAAAUCCUGUCCUGCUUCGCUCCGGGAGAUCCCCUGAUGAUGAUCAUAAUUGACAAAAUGUACCUAUUGUGACAUUCCUCAGCUGUGCUGACACCACUGUUUCCCUGGAGAACAUUUCUUUUCCUAUUUUCACAUUCCCUAAACCUAAUUUAGCUGCUAAAUUUAGACAGCCCUCCCCCCCCACAAGGACUAGCUAAUUAUCUGUUUAGAUAGCACUUUAACAUGUUGUUGAGACUCAGUUAAAUGUUAAACAACCGAAAUUUUAAUACCGCACUCCAAUUUUAUUCCCUCGGCCUUUCCCUGAUGGUUCCAGUGUACAGCAGAAGUAAUUUAGCCAACAUUUUAAAAAGCACCGAAGGCUUGCUAUGGGGGCUACUGUGAAAUUGCCACAGAGGCCAUAAGAAAUUAACGGGUUUAGUACUUUUCAAAAGAAUGAUCUGGAACUUAAAAAAAGAAACAGUAUUUCCUCUCUGCAUAUGGAAAAAUUGAAUAGUGGCUUGCUAUGAUCACGUUUCUCACCUAAAUGAAAGAGAGCGUGGAAGAAUAGUGUCUAGAUGUUAUAUAAGUAUUUAAAGAGCACCAUUGUGGUGGUUUAUGUGUAUGUAUUCAUUGUGUUCUAAUAAUUUGUGUUGAUAUACUGUCUUCAACCAGAGAUGUCAGAUCAUGUGCUUACUUCCCCCCAAAAUAGCGAUACUAUUAUCUUUGAUUAACAGCUAGAGGAACCUAGGCACCGAGGUUAAAUUCUCUGCAAAUACUGCCAGCCAUAUGUAAUGGCUUUCCUGCACAGGAACCAAAACACCACUGACUGAUCCCUCAAGAUCUUUUUUUCUGAGUUAAGAACAACUUUACUAAGGAAACUCAAAUUUUUGCUUUCUAAAUGUGUCCCUUCUCAAAUUACAUUCUCAGGUGAAUAAAAAUUAGACAAACCUG